AUGAGACACAAAAGAUAUGUAUGCAAAGAAGUCCAGCCGUUUCUGUUGCAGAAAAUGGAAACUAUCAGGCAAACACGGAUUGAGUUUGAGAAGUACCUUUUAAACAUUGAUCCGUACAAAGCCAUUAAACAGCAGGCGAAAAGCUUAGCGCUAAUUGAGAUCAUGCUUCAGGAUGCCGAAAACCAAUCAAACAGGGUCAGGCGUCAGGCCAAGAAAUUUUCUCACAGAAGAUUUACAAGGCAAGACCGCAUGGACAUCGAAUCGCGCCUAGAGAGAGAAAUGGAAUUCCUCCAGAAAAGCGUGUGUUGCUGUGGCCUGGCUCUCAAAUGCCUUGGAGAGAAGUAUACCAAUGGCGUGAAAAUCUACAAAAUCUAUAACAAACUCAUCAGCGACUUGCAGGGCAUGGGUCGUGGCCAAGAAUGGCUUUUCAAUGAGGAAAUAUUAAAGAAUCCAAAUGAUGUCAUCUUUAAUGUUCAACGAAUGAGACACCGAGUUCAGAGAGGAGUGACAUUUUCAGAACGAGGCGCAACCCAUUACCAGUUCGUGACUUCUCGUUCAAAUCUCGUCCAAAAGUUUUACAGGUUUUUGCGAGACGAAUUUGACGUUGCCAAGUAUGGUAAAGAGAGAUGAUCAUACAGAGAGAUAAUUAAAAAACCAAGCGAUGAUGGUGAAAUAUCAUCUACAAAGAAACUAUGCCUUGGACGUUUUCAAGCAUACCCCGGGGCGGAGU